AACAAGGCAGGAGCCAGGGCGAGGGUUUAUCGAGCCUUGGGAAGGCAGUGCCAGAAUGACGGACUGGGCAAGGGGCUGGCCCGGGCUGAGCGACUGAGGACGAGCCUCAGGGUAGGGGCGGGGUCGGCGGGCGGGCUAAGCUAGGCGAGCCGGGCACCGCCAGGGAUAAAUGACGCGGCUGGGACAGGGCUGAAGAUGGUGGAAUGCUAGCCUACGAGGUAGAGUGCAGAAGAGCGGGCACGAAGACUUCCCGAGGGACCAGGGAAGGAUGACUGGCAGCUCCAGGACGGGGAAUGAGGGAGGAGACGACGGGCGUAGUUGCAGAAGCGCUGUCUGAACUGCUUCCUGGUGUAUCUCCAGGUCUUCGAUCGACGAUCUCCGGGCCUGAGCUGCUGCCUGGAGCCGCCCGGGGCCCUGAAGGCCUCAGUGUUCCUGAAUUACAGUGUCUGCUGGGAGUUGGCGCGUUAGCAGGCAGUCCAGCUGGAGAGAAGGCUAGGGAUAGGCUCUUUGUCGUGACCACGCCUCUCUGUUCGCUGGCCCCUCCCUCCACCCAGCUGGCCCCACCCACCUAGUGCCUCCGCCCCUGCUCUUCCCCAGCCCCACCGUGGCCCCCUUCGCAGUCCCCGCCCCUAAGGAUAAACCCCGUCCACUCCUACUCUCAGGCUCCGGCUACCCGCCAUCUCCCGCCCAGUCCUUGGCCUCGUCCCACGCCCUUUCCCGUCUCAGGCUCCCUAUGUUCAAACGGCUCCAGGAGCUCCUAUGGGGCUGGGAAUACGAGUCCGCGACGCUUUGUCAAACACAACAGCUCUUCUUAUUUUCACCUUCGGGUGCUUUCUCGGUAUCUCCUCCGGGCUGGGAGAAUGAAGGUGGUCCUGCAUGAAGUCUGAAUUGGGCGAGGGGAAUGCUGAGAUCGUGGCUCAGGUCUUUGUGUCUGGGCAGAAUCUCAGGGGCUCCCUGAACCUGAUCAAGUGAGUGACAGCUGUUCCUUUCUGUAAUAUGGGCUCCCCCAGGGAGGGUUGGAGUCGCAGGGCCUCUCACCUCCCAUUCCAGCUGUUUCUGAAAUCUCAGCCUGUAUUUACAUAGAGGACCCCUUGCCUUGAGUGGGUUGUAAUACUCUACCUGGAGCCCGCCUUGUGCCUACCAAGGUUCCCAGGGAAGACUCCUACUCCCUGGCCCUGACACCUCUGAGAGAUCUGUUUUAUGGAAGAGUCUGACUAUUCCCAGGUUCCAGGCCUUGAGACACUGCUGGGCAUCACCGCCAAGACGGUCCUGCUGCCCUAAGUCAACCUUGAGCUGCCUGGAGCCUGCCAUCACCCCAUCACCCUCAGCCCUGGGGCCAGCUUCCCAAACAGAUGUUCUUUGUCACAACAUCACCCCACAUCUGGAGGCUGGAGUUCCCACAGAGGCAGGAGUGGGAGAUGGUAGAGGAGAACGGAGGGUCACGUUCUCCAGAUGACUUGCUUGGGAGGCUUGUGAGCUCUGGGGAAACUGAGGCUCAGAAAUGGCGCUGCUCGGUCGCCAUUGAGGCAGCAAUAGAGCUGCCACUCACACAGCAGCCACUCACUCCAGUGCAACCAGCCUGGAAAGUUCUGAUGAGACUCCAACUGUAUCCUCCCCAGGCUGCCUGAAGGUAGGUCUUCCCUCUUCUUCUGUCCUUAGGCUUACUCUUCAGGACAUCCUGGACAGCAUCCAAGAGGUGAGGUGGUCCUCUUGGGGUUCUCUCAACUCUGGAAUCCCCUUGAUCAUGGGGAAGGGGGAGCAGCAGUGUCCAGGAGUAAGCAGGGCCAAUCCUGGGCGCUGGGGGCUCUUAGACAUCUGGGAGACUCCCACACUGCCUGCUCACCUCCCAGAAUGGAGGGGGCCUGCACCCUGCCCACUGUAGGGUCUCUCUCUUCAAGGCUCAUCUGCCUCUGGAGCAGUAAGCCCCUUCUUCCAGGCAGUGGAUAGAGUGGGUCUCUGUGGUUUCACUUGGCUACAGGAACCCUGAUGGAUGGGUGGGUCCUCUGCACACCUCACUGGACCAGAGCUUGGACACCUAGAAAGCUCUGGUCCCAGGCCACAGAAGGGACUCACAGCCUUCACCCAUCAGUCCAGCAUCAGUAUUCUAACAAUCCCAAGCCACAUUUACUGAACUCAUUUUCUGCUCCAAUAACCACAUCACUCCCUCCCCUUUUUAUCUUUGUUGGCCUCCUGUCUUUAAAAUAAAAUUUGAGAUCCACACCAUGACUUCCAAAGCCCUGCUUGGUGUUCCAGUCUCUCUCCAACUUUCUCCUUUGCCCAUUACAAUCUGACCAAGAUGAUCUCUCUCUAUUCUAUGAACACAUCUGUGUUUUUCUGCCUUUGGGUCUUUGCCCAGGCCUCUCUCUUCUUGGAACUAGAUCGUAAGCCCUAUAAUGGCAAGGACUGUGUUCAGUUUUGUUUAUCUCUAAAUCCUCACGCUUUUAAACAAUAGACAAUAAUGCCAGCUCUAACAGGUCUUAAUAAACAGUCCUGGAAUAAAUGUGCCUGAUGCUUUUCUAUUGAUGUAUUUAAUCUUUAUACAAAGAGACUCAGGGAGGUUUAGCCAUUUGUUAAAGGUCACACAGCUAAGAGCUGAACCCCAGAGGGAGGCGUUUUUACCUAUCAUUGUGAUUGGGGGCAUGAGUGCCAGGUGGUAUACCACAGGCCAUCCCCAAAUUCUAAAUGCUUGUAGCUUCCUGCAGCAGGAAGCAUUGGGUCUCCCUGGAAAGCUGGCAAGACUUGGGUCCUCAAAAGCCCUCCGAGAGUAUUCCAGGUAGAAGAAACAGCGGUGAGCAGAAGGGCGAAGGCAGGAAGAUCCAGCUCCUGGGACAACCAGGCUCAGAGGGCUGGGCCAGUCCAGGACACACAGCUGCCUGGACCCAGGGCUCUAUCAGCUGGUGGUCUCCAGAGGCCAGACCCCGAUGGGCAGGGAAAUUGAUGCAUGGUGUCAGUGUCACUGUGCAAUCCCUCUCCCCAGGCUGUGGGUGGGAGCCCCCAGGGACGCGGGCUGGGCGCUCACAGGCAGGACGUUCCCACGCAGGGGCGGCCCUGGGGAAGGCUGCGGGGCGGGCCCCAGGCAGGCGCCAGCCGUCCAGUCCCUCUGCAGCCUGUUCUCUGUUACUUGCUCUGCAGACCUGGGUCGUGUUCUGGCUCCCUCCAAGCCUCAAGAUGUCCUUCAGAGCUGCCUGGAGCUUGACCCUGAGGAAAGGGGGCCUUGGAAUUCGAGGGAUCCACACCCCAGGAAGUACCGCCCACGGCAAGGAGAAGAUGCCCCCCUACACUAACUACCAUGCCCAGCGCUCCUACCCCAUGCCCGACGAGCCCUUCUGCAUGGAACUCAACGCGGAGCAGCGGGCCCUCAAGGAGAAGGAGAAGGGCAGCUGGACCCAGCUGAGCCACGCCGAGAAGGUGGCCCUGUACCGGCUCCAGUUCCAUGAGACCUUCGCAGAGAUGAACCGUCGUUCCAACGAGUGGAAGACAGUGAUGGGCUGUGUCUUUUUCUUCUGUGGAUUCACAGGUCUGCUGAUUUGGUGGCAGCGGGUCUAUGUGUUCCCUAAGAAACCCAUCACCCUGACGGAUGAGUGGAAGGCCCAGCAGCUCCAGCGCACCCUGGACAUGAAGGGCAACCCCGUGCAAGGCCUGGCCUCCCGGUGGGACUAUGAGAGGAAGGAGUGGAAGAAGUGACAUGGAAUCCCGGUGGCUCCCCCUGCAGCUCCACCCUCGUCCAGAGCCUAUGGAGGCCCCUCCCCUCCUUUAACCCCAAUAAAGCUGGUGGCUCUCAUCUGC